AUGCUCAAGACAAUACAAGAUAUAAACAACUUUGAAUACCCUCCAGCAGACGGAUGUGGGCUUCCACUCACAAUAAACAAUCAGCCCAUUGGAUUCAUACGCAGUUCUAUAAUCCAGCACUUGCCAAGCUCUAUCUUCAAAAUCCACGCCGACAAAAUCGAGUUUGCCGAUGUAGCAGAUAAGACAUCGGCCGUUGCAGAUUUACUAUCUAUAUGGCGUGCAUCCACUGCCAGUAUUCCGGAAUUCCAGUGCUUGAAAGGAUGGAGGAAUGAGGUUUACGCUGUGUAUGAGAACGAUGGGAGUGUAGUGUUUGGUGUUGAGCGAGCUGCUCAAGGGUUAUUUGGAAUACGGAGCUAUGGAUGCCAUCUGAAUGGAUAUGUACGUGAUUUGGCUGAUGGGAGUAUAAAGAUGUGGAUUGCAAAAAGGAGUUUGCAGAAGCAGACGUGGCCAGGUUAUUUGGAUAAUAUAGUAGGAGGAGGGCUACCAGCCGGCGCAUCUCCAACAGCAAACAUGAUCAAAGAAUGUGCUGAAGAAGCCAGCAUACCAGGACACAUAGCAAGCAAAUGCAUCCCUGUAUCAUCCAUAUCCUAUUUCGCAAACUCACCGUCUCGUGGGCUCUUGCCGGACACGGAAUACAUAUACGAUCUAGAACUAACAGCGGACUUUAUACCUAAACCGUCAGAUGGAGAAGUAGACUCUUUUUAUCUGUGGGAUUUGGAAACGAUUGCUAGACAUGUCGUGGAUGGUAAAUUCAUGCCAGAGAGCGGAUGUGUCGUGAUUGAUUUUUUGGUGAGGCAUGGACAUGUUACGCCAGAGAAUGAGGUGGAUUAUUUGGAUAUUGUGACAGAGUUGAGGAGGAAGUUGCCGUUCCCUGGGCCAAAAUAUAAAUAG